UUUUUUUCCGGUCGAAUUCUAAUCUCAUAAAAGAAAACCAUGAACGUUGAUUAUGGUCAUCGCCCUCAGCAGUGGUCGCAUGGUUUUUGUAACUGUGGAGGAAGUUUGUGCACAUGUUGCCUCACAUGGUGUUUCCCAUGCAUCACCUUCGGCCAAAACGCAGAAAUUGUCGACGAAGGACGAAGUUCUUGCCUUUCCCAUAGCGUAGUGUACGGGUUGUUGUGGACGAUUCACAGCCAGUGGAUCUACUCAUGCAUGUAUAGACAGAGAUUGCGCGAAAAAUUUGGUCUGCCGGAGGAGCCUUGCGGUGAUUGUUGUGUUCAUUUCUUCUGUGGACCGUGUGCCCUCUGCCAAGAACAUGCUGAGCUCAAAUCUAGAGGCUUCAACCCCUCCAAAGGUUGGAUUGGGCCACCAACUGCUGCGCCACAGGUGCCUCCUUCCAUGACCAAAUGAUCGCCAAUAUACUUGGCAGACAAUUAAUGUCGUGUUUGUCUUCUCCAUGUGUCUUUUCUGUUUUUGUUUGAUGGAAUUUGCUUUGUGUUG